AUGAAUGGAACAGAGGGGCCGUACUUCUACGUGCCCAUGUCCAAUGCCACUGGUGUUGUGAAGAGUCCAUACGAAUAUCCUCAAUACUACCUAGUGGCACCAUGGGCAUAUGCCUGUUUGGGAGCUUACAUGUUCUUCCUCAUUCUCAUCGGCUUUCCAAUCAACUUCCUUACGCUGUACGUCACCAUUGAGCACAAGAAGCUGCGCACACCCCUAAACUACAUCCUGUUGAACUUGGCUGUUGCUGACUUGUUAAUGGUACUUGGUGGCUUCACAACCACGAUUUAUACAUCUAUGCAUGGCUUCUUCGUCUUUGGACGCCUUGGCUGCAACCUGGAAGGCUUCUUUGCAACUUUUGGUGGUAUCAACUCACUCUGGUGCCUGGUCGUGCUCUCUAUUGAGAGGUGGGUAGUUGUUUGCAAACCCAUGAGCAACUUCAGAUUUGGAGAGAACCAUGCCAUCAUGGGAGUAGCAUUUACCUGGGUCAUGGCGUUGGCAUGUACUGUGCCCCCUCUGGUUGGCUGGUCCCGUUAUAUCCCUGAGGGCAUGCAGUGCUCAUGCGGAAUUGACUACUACACUCGUGCAGAGGGGUUCAACAAUGAGUCCUUUGUCAUCUACAUGUUCACAGUCCACUUCCUGGCCCCACUAUUCAUCAUCACCUUCUGCUAUGGCCGUCUGGUCUGCACUGUCAAGGAGGCUGCAGCUGCACAGCAGGAGUCCGAAACCACCCAGAGAGCUGAGCGUGAGGUCACACGCAUGGUCAUCAUCAUGUUCAUUGGCUACUUGGUUGCCUGGUUGCCCUAUGCCAGUGUGGCUUGGUACAUCUUCACCCAUCAGGGCAGUGAGUUUGGGCCUGUCUUCAUGACCUUACCAGCCUUCUUUGCCAAAAGCUCUUCAUGCUUCAACCCUUUCAUCUAUGUCUGUAUGAACAAGCAGUUCCGCCACUGCAUGAUUACCACCCUGUGCUGCGGCAAGAACCCCUUCGAGGAAGAGGAGGGCGCGUCUACCACUGCCUCCAAGACUGAGGCCUCAUCCGUCUCCUCCAGCUCUGUGUCCCCGGCAUAA